UUCCCUGCAGAGAUGCACGCCCACUUCUACCAGAACAUCGUCCUGACGGGAGGAAACACGUUGUUCGCCGGCUACAGAGAGCGACUGGAGGCCGAGCUGCGCUCGCUCGCCCCCGCCCACCUCCCCGUGUCCGUCCUGCAGCCGGCCAACCCCAUCUGUUACCCGUGGGAGGGGGGGAAGCUGCUGGCCCACAGUCCGGACUACGACGAGAUAGUGGUGACGCGCGAGGACUACGAAGAGAACGGACAUUUCAUCUGUGAAGAAAAGUUUGAUAUUUGAAUGAAAUGAAACUGGGCUGCAGAUGGCUCUUCAUCAUCAUCAUCAUCAUCAUCAUCAUCAUCAUCAGGAGGACAUAAAUCAUCUUAACAGAUACAAGGCAUAAAAAAAUCUGCAAACUGACUCAAUUCUGAUUUAACCCUCAUGUUGUCCUCAUGUUGUCCUCAUGUUGUCUUCAUGUUGUCCUCAUGUUGUCCUCAUG